AUUCCGGUACAGUAGGUGGCGGCAUGUACAAUAAAACGACUUUACGCCGACAUAAUAUUAUGGAAGAAGAAGCAGAAGGGGGAAAAAAGUACAAGAAGAAAAGUGGGAACCAGUUCGUCGGUGGGACGUCUGUUGUUAUGUGAAUGUUUAUAUAGUUAAUGCUGUUCAUUAGUCUGCAGUGUAGUUUGGUCUAUACAUACGAUUGUCACCAUCCGAAACAAUUUCCAUUGAAGCGUUCCACCGUGCUAGCUAACUGUAUGCUAACUUGUAUGAUGUGUGCGUUUCGUUUGUCCAUGUGAUAGCUAUGCAACUUAAUGAGGUAGUACAUGUGAAUUACUAAACAGCAGAGAUGGCCGAGAUUGACCAGGUUGUGGAUCUGUCCGAGGCAGAGGGGGGGAAUGGACAACUGCCAUCUAGGGAAUUCAGAGAAGGAGCCAGAGAGGGUGGCUCUAGCAGUGUAGGACAGAAGGCUACCACUAAAAGGAAGCAUGAGGAGGAGGAAGACUGUUCUCCAUCCAAGAAACUGCGUGGUCACGGAGAAAAGGUGGCCACUCACUACAACAGUCUCCAGGAGACAGGCCUCGCAGCCAGAAGUCAAAGCAGAAUAUUCUACAUGAGAAACUUCAACAACUGGCUGAAAAGUGUUCUAAUAGGGGAGAUCCUGGACAAAGUGAGGCAGGGCCACAGAGAGCUGAGUGUUCUGGACCUGGGAUGUGGGAAAGGAGGAGACCUUCUCAAAUGGAAGAAAGGACACAUUAGCCGGCUGGUCUGUGCAGAUAUAGCAGCUGUGUCAGUGGAGCAGUGCCAGGGACGCUAUGAGGACAUGAAGAAAAGAGGUCAUCAUAACGAGCGCAUCUUCUCUGCAGAGUUCAUCACAGCAGACUGCAGCAAGGAGCUGCUGACUGACAAGUUGAAGGAUCCAGAGAUGAUGUUUGAUGUGACCAGCUGUCAGUUUGUGUACCACUACUCCUUUGAGACGCAGGAGCAGGCUAACCUGAUGUUGAGGAACGCCUGUGAAAGGCUUCGACCUGGAGGAUUCUUCAUUGGCACUACACCCGAUGCUUACGAACUGGUGAAACGCCUGGAAGCUUCUGAAUCCAAGUCUUUUGGUAACGAGGUGUUCAGUGUGACAUUCCAGAAGAAGGGGGACUACCCUCUAUUCGGCUGCCAGUAUGACUUCAACCUGGAGGGGGUUGUCAACGUUCCGGAGUUCCUGGUUUAUUUUCCCUUGUUUGAAGAGAUGGCCAAGAAGUACAACAUGCGUCUGGUGUUUAAGAAGACAUUCUCAGAGUUCUUUGAGGAGCACAUAAAAAAUGACCAACACAAGAUGCUAAUGCAGAGGAUGCAGGCGCUGGAGUCCUACCCAACCGACGACAGGAACCAGUCAUCAUCCAUCAGCCUGGAGGAGUAUGAACACGCCAAGAGACGAGCUGAAAACUCAAAUGUUAGACUGCCGCUGGGAACUUUAAGCAGGUCUGAGUGGGAGGCCGCAAGUAUAUAUCUGGUGUUUGCUUUUGAGAAAAUGUCCUAAAUAUCUGAAGAUCAACCCCGGAUGUCCCUUCCCAGCUUUGCAGGUCAACCCUGAAAUGCCACAAUAUUUAACUCUGGGAAUGGGUGAAUGUUUUCAAAAGCCUUGCUGUCUUGUUUGCACUGCAGCAUAACAAAAAAAAGUGAAAAGGUAUUUUUAUAGAUGUAAUAGUUGUGAUUUUUGUUGUUUUCAUUUAAAAAAAUUCUGUGAAGCUAGUAGAUUUGAGCCUUGGUUUUAUCUGACAGAUAUUUCUCUGAAUGUAUUGUAGUAGGCUAGAUAUCUUUUGAAUGUGUUGUCCAUCUGCAUCUAGACCAUUACCUCACCAAAUCAUCUCGGUUCACGGAACAAUUGUAUUCUACCAUAAAUUCUAAAAUGUAUUUUGCUCAGGGCGGUUCAAUAGUUUUGUCCAUGACUACAAAUAAUAGUUAAAUGCAAUAUCUAUUGAGCUAGCUUUUUACUUCAGGAUUGGAGGUAAUCUGUGUCUGUGCCCUUUACGGAACCUUUUUAUUAAAUGUAGCAGAACUGACAUGAAUUGUUCCAAUACAUUUUUCCUCUCCGGAGUACAUCCAGCAUCUUGCUUAUAACAGGAAGCUUUCACUACUAGCUACAAAACAUCUUUACAGUGUAUUGAAACUAGCUCACAGCCUGAACGCUAUUGGUAUUCAUGUCCUGAAAGGAACUGUGAGCUGUUUUCCAUCAGUUAAUAUAGACGGAGUCAGAGGGUUUUCAGAGAUAUUUCACAAAUAGGGGUACUGGGGAGGAGGCUGUAACGGAUUGCAGGAAUCAACAGUAUUUGCCAAAAGGGAAUUACAGCCCGUACAUAGACUUAUACCUAAAAGUGCAUCAGAAUUUACCUUGCGCUUAACACUACCUCUGUGACUUUGGGAAACUGGUUUUGGGUAACAAUGACUUGUUUACAUUAUUUUGUUUGAGAUGGAGAACUGGAAACAAUAUUUUUGCUAAACCAGUAAGCUCUGAUUCCUUACCACGGCCAGUAAUAGACCACCAAAUCACCUCAGAUUCACGCACCAAUGAAAAAGUACACCCCUGACAAGUUCUUUAUUAUUUUCUUCACUUUUGACACAUUGAUAUUUGAGCUAAAUGCCAACCCUAACCCAUUGAUAAAAGUAAUCCAAUUAAACAAAUCCCAUCUUUUUAAACUUUGCAACCAUUAAUGGAAUUAUUUUCCAUUUUGGAUUCCAUAUUGUACCAGAGAAUUCUUGAGAAGAAUGAGGAUGAUGCUGAACCGAACAUGGAUCUUGCAGCAGGGCAAUGAUCCGAAACACAAGCAAAGUUACAGCAGAAUGAAGGGUGAUAGAAUGGCAGAGUCAAACCCAGAGCUCAGUCUUAUCGAAAUGCGACUUGAAGCAUACCCCGCAUGCAAGAAAGCCCUUGAGCAGGACGUAUUCGUCCUGUAGAGUGGCCAGGAUUUCCUCCCAGUCGAUGUAAGAAACUGAAAAAGAAGAAAAUUGACAUAUGGAAAUGUACUUAUUUGCACCGAAGGGUUUCGAACACCUGCUAUUGAAACUACAGGUGUACAUAUUUUUUGUGCACUGUGAAAUUGUAUUUCUUGAAUUUUCAUCUCAUAAAGUAUGAUCUUUCAUUGGCUUUUGUUAAAUUCGGUUACCCAUUACAAUAAUUAUAUAAAACUAAAGAGGUGCAUUUCCUGAAUAAAAUGUGUUGCUUGCUAGCUGUUUAAAAAAAUUAUUUAUGGUUCACAAUAUUGUUUACCUAUCGAAAGGUUUGGAGUCUGUAUUUUUUAAGGUUCACAGGAUACUGUUGGUGUGGAUUAUUAGCAUACAUGACAUAGUUAAUUGUUACCAAUGACAGCUCUUGUGUCUGUAGCUCAAAUGGUUCAGAAUAUACAGCCUAAUAGUUAAUUAAUUCUAAUUACGCUAACUAGCAUAUAUAAUAUCAAUAAAUGUUUCAUCUUGUGAACUGGGGAAAGCCUAAACUGCUGAAAUUAAGUUGGUUUUGUGUCUGUAGCUCGAAUGAUUCAGGAGAUACAGCCUAAUAAUUUAUUUAUGCUAAUUAGCAUAUGUGAAAUUGAUAACCGUUUCCUAAUUUGCAGUGGGGAUAGCAAAAACGUGUGAAACAAAGUUGGUUUCGUGUCUCUAGUAUGGACGGUUCAAAAGAUACAGCCUAAUAGUUAAUGCUAAAUACACUAAUCGGCAUAUGUAAAGAUACAGCCUAGUAGUUCAUUAAUGCUAAUUACGCUAAUUAGCAUCUGUAAAAUCCGUAGACAUUUCAUCAUAUGAAUUGUGGAUACCCUAAAUCUGUGAAACUAAACCUUUUGAAUACAGCCCAAUAGUUAAUUAAAGCUGAUUAGCGUAUGUACAGAGACAGCCUAGUAGUUAAUUAACGCUAAUUAUAGUUUUUAAAAUCAGCAAACAUUUCAUCAUAUUAACUGGGGCUAGCCUAAACGUGUGAAGCAAAGUUGGUUUUGUGUAAUGAAUGGUUCAAGAGUUCUUCUUAGUUAUAUCCUUACAAUGUUAAUUAGCAAUUUAACUGUCAAUUGUUCAUAAACAUGUCAUAGAAUUCUUAUAUAUGCAACUCAGUUUGAGCCAGACUGAAAGUUUUGGUGUUGGUUUGGACUUGAUCGCUUAAACGAUGUAGGAGGAGAGUGUCUAGAAUAUUUUACUUUUUUAACAUUCAAGUCUAUGAACAUUUUCUUUCCCCCUUUGAAAUACAUUGGUGGCUCAUUUAAAUAUUUAUAUAGUUUCAGAAGUAUAAAAGCUAUCAAAAAGAUCUUUGAGCAACUUGAGUUAGAGCAUUUGGAACUUGAGAGUUUGUUUCAUGUUUAUAACUUUUACUCUUUAGGCUCUAGAGGUGGAGGAAUAAUGAAAAGAAAAUAAUGAAAAGAAAAAGAGGUAUGGGAGAAAUCUAUAGAAGUGCUUUGCCUUUGGCCAGCACUCUAAUGACAUCUUACAAGGCGGUGUACUUUUUUAUGACUUUAUAUUUUGGCACAUACUAGUAAAUUGGUGUGUAUUUACAUGGUACUGUAUGUAAUGUAAACAUCAAAAUGAUGUAGUAAAAUACUCUGAGGUGACCUAAGAUGACCUUUGCCCUUCCCGACCUCAACAUUCCUAUGCAGUCCCUUUUCCCAUGUUUAGUCUGGUUGUCUGCACUGGCAGAAUGGUGGCUGGGACACAGUGCUGCUCCUGGGUACCUUGGGUGUUUUCUCCAGUCUUGUCCAGGACAUUACGGUCUCUGACAUGUUUUUAAUUAUGCAAACUGAUAUUUCUAUUUUUAUAUUCUUGCAAUGAUUCAUGUGUUCCUGUUAUUGCUUCAUUUCAGUUGCAUAAAAUCUGCCAUCAGUUCUUCUGA